AUGAAUUAAUUUGAAUCAGAAGAAGUACCCAUACAAGAUGAUUCUCAAUUUUAUAACUAUCCAUCCAAUUUUGGUCAAUAGGAAGCAGAGUUUGAAUAUCAACCAAGCAGUAAAUUCAAAACCUAAAAGAAUUCAACACGAUCUAUAACCAAAGAGAUAGCAUCUCUCUUCCUAAAGUCUGUACGCUCAAAAAGAAUAUCAAAACACAGAGAUCACCCAAAAAGUAAUAAAUUAUACACUAAUCCUCUAGGGGGUCCUGGUAUCCAAAGAGAAGCCCAAUAUACAUCCAUUAUGUCAGAUUACGUUCAAGUAGAGGUUGGUAAUCUAGAAAACACAAAUCAUUGAACUGAUUAAUUUAUAAUAAC